AAGGCGGCGGCGGCGGCGGCCGGCUCGGGCCCGGCGGCGCCGGUGACGGUGGCGGCGGCCGCUGCCGCCGUCUCGGUGGCGGUGAGCAGCAGCCUCAACGCCUUCCGCGCCCACAAGCGCUACAGCCGCGGCCUCACCAUCGCCGAGUUCAAGUGCAAGCUGGAGCUGGUGGUGGGCAGCCCGGCCUCCUGCAUGGACCUGGAGCUCUACAGCGCCGACGACCGGCUCCUCGGGCGGCUCGACCGCGACGAGGCGCUGCUGGGCUCCUACCCCGUCGACGACGGCUGCCGCAUACACGUGAUCGACCGCAGCGGCGCCCGCCUGGGCGAAUUCGAGGACGUCUCGCGGGUGCCCAAGUACGAGAUGCCCGAGAACGAAUACGACCGGCGGGCGGAAUCCCUCCGCUCCUUCCUCAAGCGGAAGCAGCUGGGCCGCUACGCCGAGACGGAAGAGCGCCGGGGCGGCUCCGAGAUCCGGCGCCUCGCCGAGGAGCGGGAGCUGGCCGACGCCAUCCCGCUGGGCGCCCGCUGCCUGGUGCGGGUGCCGGGGCAGCCGGCCAAGCGCGGCACCGUCAUGUACGUCGGACUGACGGAUUUCAAGCCGGGCUACUGGAUCGGGGUGCGCUACGACGAGCCGCUCGGCAAGCACGACGGCAGCGUGGACGGCCGGAAGUACUUCGAGUGCCAGCCCAAGUACGGCGCCUUCGUCAAGCCACCAAGCGUCACCGUGGGCGACUUCCCCGAGGAAGACUACGGCCUGGAGGAGGACGAGAUGUGAGCCGAGGCCGGCGUUCCGGCCCCCGCUCCGGGGCUUUUCCGGCCACCGGCAGGGACGCUGACCGGCCACCGCCGUUUGAUUUUGUUCUUUUCCCCUUUUUUUAUAUAUAUAUUUUUUUCUUUUUUUGGUGGGGAAAAAUGCCCCUUUUCCUUCCAUUUCCACUCCUGUCCGACCGGAGCCGCCCGCCUUGCCGCCGGUGCCGGAAUUCCCGGAGCCGGAUGGGCCUCCGCUCGGUGCCUCCUCCCAUCCCCCCCCCCGCCGUCCCGUGCCACUUUUGGGGACAAAAAGCUGGGUUUUGGGGGCCCCCCCGUAAGUUAUUGUUUGUGUCCAAUAAAGCCCCCGCGGGGAAGCCGA